AUGGAUAAGGUUGAUGGACUCUUUAAAGAGACUGAAAUCCGUAGGAAUGUUUCCGUUGUUUCAGCGCUUCAUGGCUUCCAAUUGAAGACCAGUCUCGUCAACGGUAUCCUUGAUUAUGGUCCUGAAGCACCAUCUCUCGCACGGCCUAACGCCAUUCCUACGAUCUGCAUGAGCCGUGAUAUCAUUAUCCAAUCCAUGGCCGGAUCCGGUAAAACAGUUGCCUUUUCAAUUGUUAUUCUCCAGGCUGUGAAUACAGCGAUCAAUGAAAUCCAAGAUAUGUUGUGGCGCCCAAAAUUCUAA